AUGGCGGAAGUGUUUUAUUGGAUACUAUCCUUUGUUCUAAUUUUGACCCAUUUUUGUCUCUUGGGUUACCAGCUUAUAUUAUUGGUGGAUUUGGAGUUUGAUUAUAUAAAUCCGUAUGAUUCAACAUCUAGAAUAAACCAAGUUAUCUUUCCAGAGUUUUUAAUGCAAGCAAUACUUUGUUUUCUCAAUCUUUUCGGAGGACAUUGGUUUCUAUUCUUGAUAUCUCUCCCUUGUUUCUAUUACAAUGUCACCUUGUACAUUAAAAGACAACACUAUACAGACGUUACAGAAAUCUACAAUAAGCUGAAUUUUGAGAAAAAGAAACGUCUGCUCAAAGUUAUACAUCUCUUUGUGAUAUUUGUCCUUUCUAUAUUGAGCUUGGUAUGGUCCCUCUCCGACGAAGUGCAUUAA